GUUGGCGCGGCCGGCAGCUCGUUCUACGACUCGUCGGUCAAAGUCCACUCGAUCUAUUGUAUUAUUAUCUGGUCGGCGUCGUCGUUCUUAAUUUACCCAUAGUUAUUCUUAUCGUAAUUAUUGUAUAUAUUUUAUUAUGUACAAUUUGUUUUUGUUUUCAUUCUCCGUUUAACGUAUUUUCGCCGACCGGUUUUCGUAAUCGAUCGGUCUUGCACACCGCACACUGCACACAGCGCACCUGCCAAUGUUAUUCGUUCUUCCCGUAACUCUUCACUUCUAAAUUGCCGUCGCGAGCUGUGAGCAUAGAAUAUAGAUAAUGUUCGCGAGUAGACGAGUAGUUAAUGUGUUCAGCGACUUGUCGGCCGGGUAAGGCGCGUGCCGUUAACUUUUUUUUUCAUCCGUCCGUUGAUAAUCGAUUUUUUAGAAUUUUGAUUCUGUUCGAAUUUUGUCGCGACCAAUCGCUUGUACCAAAGCACAAAAGUUUAUUCAAUGUCUUCGAAAAAAUCAUUUUCCGUCAAAGACAAGGUCUUUGUAAAACGACGAGCAUAUCCUGCCUGGCCUGCUUUAAUAAUUGAUAUUAAAGCUAACAAUAAAUCAGAAGUAAUUUAUACUGUUUAUUUUUAUGGAACUGGUAACUAUGGAGAAUGUAAAGAAAAUGCACUUUGUCUAUAUGAAGAAAACAAGUAUAAACUAGCUAAACCCCGAAGAAAACAAAAGAAAUUCAAAAAAUUAGCUGAAGCUCUCGAACAAAUAGAAAAUGAUACCAAAAAUGAUUUUAUCCCUGACAAAAAUGUUGAAGUAUUUAUGUCACCAAUUUCAACAACAAACAUAAAUCAAGAAUUAUCUUUAGAAGAUGAAUCCAAAAAUGUAUAAAAGUUGUUUUAAGAAAAAUGGUAUCUAAUUCUUCAAAAAGAAAACUAUCUGAUGUCACAUAUGAAAAAGUCCCGAAGAAGCUAAAAAAAUCAAAACGUUUCAACCCCAUAGAUGUUCAACCUAUAGUAUUGUUGGAGCCAUUGAAUGAUGUUUAUUUACAAAGAAAACUUAAUGGAAAUCAGAAUUUUGAGACUACUGAAAAAAAUGUUGCUGCCAAUGAACAAAUUUCUGAAACUCUAAAUACUACUAAAUCUGUACUUGAAUCCAGUGACAUUUCAUUAAAUCACUGUGAAACUUCAGAAUCAAUAACAAUAAAUGAAAGUGUACAGUCAGAUUUAGGUCGUAUAUCACGCUUUGGUCGUAAAUAUCAAGCCAAACCGAUUGUCUGACCAUGACUUUGUCACCAAUGUGCCAAAAAAUUUAAAGUUGAAGAAAGCAGAUUCCAAAAGUUUAAAAACUCUUAAUUCCGAUAAUAUUGAAACUGAUGAUUCUUUAAAACAAAACUUAAAAACUACAGCCCAGUAUUGAAUAUUUUGUUUAUUCACCAAUGCACUGAGAUGAAUGUGGGCCUCUUCAUUACUAAAUAAAGUUAACCCUACAUGGAUCUAACAGAAGUAUCAACCUUUCAGAACUACACUGUUUGUUUUGCUGCACCAUAUUCAAGCACAAAAGCAAUAAAGAAAUUGAAAGAUAAUGUAAUGUCAAUACCCGUAUCAAUACCAUGUUCAAUUGACAGUGUAUCGAAAAAAAUAUCCUUAGUGAACAACAGCCUUCAUGAAAGAAAUCCUCCAAAUAAUUUGAAUAAAAAUUUCAUGGGUUCAUUAUCAAAUGUAGAAGUUGAGUGGAAAAAAAUGGAAUCAAACAAAGCAGAUAAAGUUAAUUUGCUACGUACAGAAGUAAAUUUGCUUGAUUGUGUUAAUAAAUUAAGCUCUGCUUUAUCAAUAAACUAUAGCAAAUUAAGUUAUGAAAUGGCAUUGAAGUCAUUGGAAGAGAUCAGUGAAUUACAAUUUAAUGCUCUUAUGUUAAAAAAACAUAGAUGUAUCAUUGAUAAAAUUACCAAAGUGACGAAGUAUGUAGGUGAUGUGAAUAACUGGUCCUUAAGCGAUCAGGAAGCUAUUGAACAUAUGGAUAAAGCACACCAAAUUCGAUGCAAAGCUCGAAAGGUAUUAAACAAAUGUAAAUCAUUGUUCACAUUAAUCGAUGGAAAAACAUUCCAAGAGAUAUACAACCAAGAAGUCGACAUGUUUAUUGCGAAGACUCGACAUUUGUCCAAUGAUCAGAUUUAUGGUUGUACUUCAGAUAAAUUGUACAAAUAAUUUCUUCUGCAAACAAGUGCAAAUUGCUAACAUUGAUUUGCUAUAUUUUUAGUUUUCCGUUAUUAUUAUUAUUAUUAUUAUAUAAAGUUUUGCAUCCAUAAGUAUUAGUUUUUUUUAUUGUAAUUACCUACAAUAUUUAAUAAACAUCAAGUUACGUCUUUUUUUCCAUUAAGUAAUAAUUAAUUUAAUACAUUUUUAAUUUUUUGCGAAUGAUUUAAUAUUGUAUGUUUGUUAUAUCAAUUUUGUUAUUUAUUAAUUUAUUAUAUUUUACAUUUAGUAUGUAAAAAUCUAUGCAGACAUAAAUUAACAUACAUUUUAAAUGUAUUGAUCAAUAUAGUAUCCAAUUUUUAUUAUUAUUCUAAAAAGUAUAAAUUAUAUUUGGUUAAGAAUUUCUUACAAAACACUAUGUGAUGAUAAUUACUAUUUGAUUGUUCAAUAAUUAAUGAAAUAAUUUAGUAUUUUGAGUUAUUAAGUAGUAGAUGUAUUUAAAUUUUCACCUUAAAUAAUGAAUUUAUUAUGAUAUUGUAUAAAUCUAUCCAUAAAUCUAAUAAUUAUAUUUAUAACUUAAAUUAACUAUAUUAAAUAUUUUAAAAAUGUAUUUGUUUAUAACAGCCUGACACUAUAUUUUGUAUUAUUAUACUAGCAAAAAAUAUUAAGUUUAAGAUUAUCAUUUAUCACAUAGCCUAAAGGAACUAAGUACAGCAAUAAACAGAUUAAAUAUUGUUAUAAAA